UUGCAGUUCAAAUUGUAUAGAGAACCAAAGACAAAAAGAAAUUUAAAAAUUCAUUGAAAAAUAGUGAUCCUCUAAAAGUUUCAAGCAAUUGUCGGAAAUCGUGUCGAGCAUUCGGAUCGAAGUCAGUUGAAGAAUACCUCGGAAAAAAAGUUAUUCGCUUAAAAAAGAUCAUCGUCACCCGAACCAAUUUCAAAUUCAUUAUCCUUACCACACACAAAAAAUAAUUAAAAUCUCAUAAAAUGGCUGCGCCAGAAAACAAUUUAGCUCCUACAGCAGCAGCUGGCGGCGAAGGCGGCGAAGAUGGAAUCGUGGGCGGACCACGAACUCCUCAACAAAUUGCCGCACAAAAAAGACUACAGCAGACUCAGGCGCAAGUAGAUGAGGUUGUUGAUAUUAUGAAAACCAAUGUAGAGAAGGUCUUAGAACGUGAUCAAAAGUUGUCAGAAUUGGAUGACAGAGCUGAUGCACUGCAACAAGGCGCAUCGCAGUUUGAACAACAAGCUGGCAAGCUUAAACGCAAAUUCUGGUUACAAAAUUUAAAGAUGAUGAUUAUCAUGGGAGUAAUUGGAUUGGUUAUUCUUGCAAUCAUUGUGUCUAAAUUCAUGCCGGCAGAACAACCACAGCAACCGAUGAUGUACGCUCCUCCGCAACAAAUGAUGCCACAGCAACCAGCAGCUCCCGUACAAUUGGUUCACAACAGUGACUUUUUGAUGAACAGUAAUAACGAGAUGAUUCGUCACUAAAGAGAAUCACACAAAAAAAUUGAGGAAAAUGAAACUUAAACAUUAACAUACAUUUAAAAAAAUAUUAAUAUUUAAUCCCUUGCAAACAUUUUAAACAAAAAAAAAAUGAAAACUAAACAAGAAGACGGUUAAAAAAAUAUUUGUUGAUCAUUUUUUGUUAAGUUUCUCAAGAAAAGUUAAAAAAAAGUAUUUACACGCCGUAGUUUAGGACACUUCACAAAUUUUUACGUUUUGACACAAUUUUUGCGCAAUAUAAGGAAAAAUUAAUUUUUCAGCUUUUUAUCAUCAACAAAUAAAAACAACGAAAAAACAGUCGAAAACCGUUGCUGCGAGCUUGCUUCAAAUGUUCAUUCAUGGAAAAAAAUAAAGUAAGCUCCAAUUCUAAUUUCUCCUUAAAAAAUCAAAUUUUGACGACUAAUCGAUCCCUCUAUAAAUAAAUAAAAAAUAUCAAGUAAUAGAAAAAAAAUCAUCAUGUUUGAAAAUUGUAUAGUUAGAAAUUAAAACAAAGGGAAUAAUUAAUUUUUCUUUUCAGUCAGUCAAACAGCUUUCGUUUUAACUAAAAAAAAUAAUUAAAUAAAUAAAACGUGAAUAAUUAAAAAAAAAAAUAAAUAAUAAAGAAUGAAACAAACAAACUUUUAACAUACUCUUAUGUAAAAGCAUUAUUAAAUACAUUAUAAAAGAAGUUGUUUAUGUUUGCGAUAAAUAAAAUUUAGAAUAAUAUAUUAUGAACAUUUAAAAAUCAUGUUAUUCAAAAAAAAAACUUCUAUGUAUAGUCGUUUGUAAACCACAAGUAAUUAAUUAAAAAAAAAAAAAAAAAAUGGAAAGCUGAAGGAGGAAUUAAAAUCGUUAUCGUUUAAUUAAUUAAUUAAAAAUGAAGCGGCUUCUUGUUAUUAAAACAAAUCAACUAAAAAAUAUCUUUAGAUAUAAAAAAAAAACAGAAAUAGAAUGAUCAAGAUUAUUUACCAGAAACAUCAGAAAUAACAACAACAUAACAAGACAAGCUACUUUUGCUUAAAAUAUGUUUAUUUUAAGAAAUUUAAGACAUAAAUAAUAUAUACAUAUAUUAUAAAUAUAUAAAUAUAAUUAACUAUAUUAAUGGUAAAUAAACAAAAAAAACAUAUGUU